UGCUGCUGCUGGUGAGAGGAGCGCUUGGCACACAAAGCUUUCUCCGGAGAUUCCAGCGGCUUUAAAGCUGUGCAAAGCGCAGUAAACACCGACCUCAUCUCUCAGCUGUCACAAUUGCCUUAUCUGUAGCAUGCCUGUGUUCUCCUCUAAUGAAAGCAGAGCUGCCCAACCUAACAAGGAGUGACUUGAAAGUGCGCAGAGAGACAACUCCAAGUGAAGAUGUGUAAAUGGGUCUCGUCGCAAUGGGAUUCGAGUUGAAGUCACCCUGAUUCACCCCGUUGUUAAGGUAACCGGGAACUUGAAAAGGCGUUUUCUGACCGCCGGGAUGUUGUGAACGACACGCCGCCUGGGACAGAAGGAAGAGGGGAACCAGGGCUGGACGAGCACCGGAGGGAUUAUGGCUCUCGCAACGUUUUCUCUCAGCCUCUUCACGCUGGUGCUUACUAACUUGCACCUGUCGAGAGCCAACGACCGGCAUGCGGUGUACUGGAACAGCUCAAACCUCCUGCUGCGAAAGGAGGGAUUCACGGUGCAGGUGAGCGUCAACGACUACCUGGACAUCUACUGCCCGCACUACAACACCAGCCAGCGCGGCACGUUGGAGCGCAGCGUGGCAGAGCAGUACAUCCUCUACAUGGUCAAUUACCGUGGCUACCGCACCUGCGACCCCCAGCUGGGCUUCAAGCGCUGGGAGUGCAACCGGCCUCACGCGCCCCACGCUCCCAUCAAGUUCUCCGAGAAGUUCCAGCGCUACAGCGCCUUCUCGCUGGGCUACGAGUUCAAUGUGGGCCAGGAGUACUACUACAUCUCCACGCCCACCCACCACCACGGCCACAGCUGCCUGAGAAUGAGGGUCUACGUCUGCUGCUCCACCGUUUCCCAGGCAGAUGAUGACUCCAGUCAAACCUCUCCCGACUACACAGUCAGGCCAAACAUCAAAAUACACAACAUUGAUGAAUUUAACCCUGAAGUUCCCAAACUGGAGAAAAGCAUCAGUGGCAGCAGCCCAUCACGUGACCGCCUUAUUCUCACCGUGGCGAUGCUGCUCCUGUCUGCCAUCCUGAUGUCCUAGCGACGUGUCACCGUGAGUGACACUUGAUGCAUAGCUGGGACCGCCUUGUCCGAAGGGCUUUGUAUCCACCCAGUUGUGAACGUUGGCAGAAACACAGAGGAGGACAAAGUAGAGGAGCAACAGAACCACAAACAAAAGGACGAAGGAAAAAUUCUUGAAUAAACUUCACUAGACUUUAAAAAAAAAAAGGAGAGGCCUUUUUGCUGUCAUAUGUACAUCAGUGUAGUUUGACCCUCCAUGUGUCGUUGAACAUCAUCGUCAUAUGAAUACCACAGCAUUUUUUCAUGUAGGUGUGUUUGCUACAACAUGGAGACCACAACCAAUAUUCAGCCAGCAGGCAAGUGAGUAAGAGGAAUACUAAUGAGUUGGAUGUAGACUACGUACUCUUUUUGUAGCAUGGAUAUUAAAAAAAAUCACCUGUGGAAUCGUAAGCAGAUCUGUCUUCAGCUUUUUUGUGACUGUAGGCUUUGAAGAAUUUGGUGAACUUGGACUUUGCAGUGGAAGUUUAGGCCUUGGACCAUGGACAAAGUGUACUGAUGGAUGAAACUCAACUAAGAUGCAGUAAAAAAGCAAGCUGGACUUUGGAUGUGUACUGAUAUCUAUACAGGAUAUGUAUAUUCAGUCGUUGAUGAGAACUGCUGCCAUUAUCCUGGAAAUAGAAGAAUGUUUUUGAGCUGGUAUGAGGGAGCUGCUGGUUAUAAAUGCUCAAAAUGUCUCUUUAGAAAAGGGGAAGACUUUGUGAGGAUAUCCACGGGCCUUUCAAGAAUCCAUUUUCACCAGACAUCAGAAGUACCCCUGGCUUUGUGAUAGGUACAGAUGCAAAGCCUGUUUGUUAGGAGAUAGCGAGUGCCCUCUUACAACAAGUCCUUUGUCUGCAUUUCCUGCCUUCACACUGUAACAACCCUAGAAAAAUACAGACCCUGGACUAGUAAUUUGAUGGCAUUUAAAUGUGGUAGAUGUGUGUUUUGUUCCGAGGCAUUGACCUUCAGCACUUGGCGUAGUUUUCCCCGGAUGUCAACCCUUUCUCCUCGCAGCAAUCAGCAUGACUCAUUCAGAAUAACACUAAUUUACAAUUCUUAAAAACCUCUCUCCGCAGCGAGUUCCCUUUUAAUCCCAGACAACCCCAUCUAUUUCCUUUCCACUUCACAUGUUCCCAGCCAAUCAGUGCUGAUGGCCAUUACAGCAGUCACCAUGGAAACGACCCCAUACAGUUGCCAGAGUGCGACAGGUGCCUGAGGAGAAACGGUGCUUUGAGUCUCAAAGUAACGCUGCCGCCAUUUUGUUAGGAAAAAAAAAUAAAAACAUGUGUGAAUGUGCAAAUAAAGUUCACUUUUUUAUAUUGUUAUACAGGACAACGUAGGCUGGCGUUAAUCAGAUUACAAUGUUGUGCUUUUUUUAAUUUAUUUACUUUUCAAAUGUAUUUAUUUUAACAUUAAAGUAUAUUAUUUAUCUACCUAAUUUAUUAAUGUGCAUUUGAAGGCCUUCAAAUGCUCGAUAAGCUACUGUGCCAUUUUUGUAUUCUUCUUUUUAAACAGUGACAUUUUUACUGCAGCAUUUUGCUUGUGUAGAUAACUAGGCAGAUGUUAUUAUGCCUGACAAAGAGAGGGUUAUUGGUUAUGACUAAUCAGUAGGGAUAUACACUCAGUGACCCUGCUCUCAUGUAACAGGUACUGCUAAACAGAUUAUGUUGAAGCGCAUGUCAUAAACCAACUAAUGAAUGCAAAGACGCAGUUGACGGAAGGGCAGCGCUCCUCCAGUGCUGCACUUGCGAAAACGAAGGAGUCUGCAUUGUAAUGUAUAUUUAUAAUACAUGCCAGUAAUGGUGUGUGUGUGUGUGUGUGUGUGUG